UUUCCCUCGUUUCUGUCUUCCCACUAUUCGUCUCGUUUCCUCCACAAAAGAGAAAAGAAAAGAAAAGAAAAAAAAAAAAAAAGAAAAUGCAUGAGAAGCCGCAACAUGAUACGGUGGGUUCGGAAGAAGAAAAGAGCAAACCUAAUAAUUCGUGUGCUUCUGAGUCUGAAUGUGAAGACAACUCGUCCUUGACUCGCUCUCAAACUCAGUCCAAUUUGGAUCGCGGACUCUUCAACGACCUCGUCCAAAUUGUUUCUCUCGUUCACUCCCUCUUUGAUAGUAAAGAAAGCAGUUCAUUUAGGCGUCGAGGUUCUAUGAUCUGCACCAAGCCACCAUCAAGAGACUCAUUGGCUAGAAGAAUGUCUAUGCUCAGGAAAAAGGAGAAUGGAGAACUUACCCUAUUGAGGAAGCAGGUGGAGGAAUUGCAAAUGAAAUUAUUGGUGAAAGAUGAACUUUUGGAGUCAGCAGAAAAGUCAAGAAACAAGUUGAAGGCUCUUAAUCCAAAACUUGAUGAGCUUAAAAACAUGGUAUCAGAAAAGGACUCUUUACUCAGGUCUACUCAAGGACAACUCUUUGAUGUGAAGAUGAAGCUUGCAGACAAACAAGCUGUCUUGGAAAAGCUACAAUGGGAAGCAAUGACAUCAAACAAGAAAGUGGAGAAACUGCAAGAAGAGCUAGAUUCUGUGCAAGGAGAAAUUUUAUCAUUUACAUUGCUGCUUGAUGGCUUGAAAAUAACUAAUAAUGAUGGACUGUAUACUGAUGAUUAUGACAUCAAGCCUCAUAACUUCAAUUCCCUACCUUCUACAAUGUAUAUGGAUGAGGUGGAAAUGCAGAAAAUGGAAGAAGCGAGAAAAGCUUAUAUUGCUGCAGUUGCUGCUGCAAAAGAAAAACAGGAUCAUGAAUCAAUUGCUAUUGCUGCCAAUGCUAGGUUACACUUUGAGUCAUUUCUCUUCAAACCCGAAAAUUUAGAGAGUUAUUUGUGAAUCCAUGGUUGGUCAAUGUGACCAAAUUUAUAAAUAUGUGACCAUAAAAUAUAUGGCAUGCUGUGAAAUU